AUGUCUUUCUUAUUCAACUGGAUGGAUUUGAAGAUAUUGGAUUUGAAAACUUCAAUAAAUUCAUUAUUAUCUUCUAUUCAAACAAAUGAAACCAAUGAUCAAUCUAAUGAAUCCAAUGAAAUACCUAAAAAUUUAUCAAUUUCUUCAUUAUCAAUAGGUAAAACUCCACCAAUUUUUGAAUUAUUAGAAAUUAUUGAUUUGAAAAAAGAUAAAUUUAAAGGUUUAUUCAAAUUCUUAUACAAUGGUGAAUUAAAUAUUACAUUCAAGACAGAUUAUGAAGCAAAUUCAAUAAAAUUAAUUCAAUUUGAUGAUUUUACAAAACCAAAUUUUAUACUUGUUGAUAAAUCUUCAAUAUUACCUGUUGAAUUUAAGAUUAAAAAUUUAAAAAUUGAUUCUUUUUUAACAGUGGUUUAUAAUCUUGAUAAAAUUACAAUUGUUUUCAAUGAUGAUCCUUUUAUUGAUUUAGAUUUUGAAACUUCAUUAGAUGAAUUUUUAGAUGAUGAAUUAUUUAAAAUUUUAAAAAAUGAUGUAUUAAAUCUAAUAACUGAAGGUUUAAAGCAUGAUUUACCAGAAUUAUUACGUUCUUAUAUUCCAAAUGAAGAUUUAGAUAAUGCUAAAAUAGAUACAAUAAUUGAAAAUAAUCAACAUAUUGGUGAUCAUGAAAUAGAAGAUAAAGAAGAAGUUUUAAAUACAACAAGUUGUUUCAAAUUACAAGAACAUGGGUUUGAUACACUUUCGUUAGCACCACAAGGUUUCAAAGAUGUCAUUCAACGUAUUGCCUUAUCACAUAUUGAAUAUCAAAACAUGGAAGUUAAUCAAUCUCAUGAUAAUGACUUGAGUUUUAAGAAAAGAAGAAGAAUCAAGAUGAAAUCUAAAAAACAUACAAAACAUCAAAUUUCACAAUCUUCAACAUUAACUCCAGAGAUUCAUAUUGAUCAAACUAAUCAAUCAUCAUCAUUAUUAGAAUCUGAAUCUGAAUUCUCAACAACAUUAAUUGAUUCAUCAUUCACUUCAACAAAUUCAUUAAAUGAUUAUCUUACUGAAGAAACUUUGAAAUCAAAUUCUCCAAUUUUGGAAAAGUUAGAUCCAUAUGAAUCUUUAACUCAUCCAAUGGAUUUAUUACCAAAUUAUUCAAAUUUAAAAGAUAUUGAUACAUAUGCAUUGAGUAUUGAUAAGUUUUAUAAAAGUGAUAAAAAGGGUAGACCUUCUUCAAAUUAUAUUAAUUUAAAUAAUGAUUAUAAAGAGUUUAUGAAUAAUAAUCAACAAAAUCAACAAGAUGAGGAUGAUGAUGAUGAAGUUUUUUAUGAUUUUGAUUAG